UUCUUCCACAUUUCAGCUUAUUAAAGCAACUGGGUAGUCAGGUUAGUUAUUCAUUACCAGGAGGUACAAGGUUUGCAGGCUCUCAUUGCAAAGAGGAAUACAUUUAAAGAAAAUAAAGAGAGUGAGGAGGAGGAAAGGUAGGAAGAGUCUGUUUGAAGGUUUCUGUACUGUUUCUAACUGUCCUGUUGCUUCUUGAUUUUAGGCUCCAAACACAAUGGUUCAGGUCUUUCUGUCUGAUCAGAAGAGGAAGUGAAAAAUUCCCCUGACAUGAACAGUUUUGCUUCAGUGCUCAGUCGGUGGAGGUGAAAGGCAAAGAGGAAUCUCCUGGUGAAUACAUUGGAGUUGCAUGGAACUGUCUGAGGACUUCCCAGACUACAGCAAGAUUUCUUGUUCAUUCAGCUAUAUAAGGAAGAUUCUGGAACAAUUUUGGAAAUGAAGCUUAAUGAACAAGACAUAUUUAAAGCAUUUGUGAAUUCCUAGAAUUAUGUAAAAGGAGGACCAAAGAAGUUUAAGACAGCAUGGGAAACUGCUGUCAGAAGAACUGUGAUUAUCUGCAGUCCUACAUACCCUGGCUUUUCAAGAUCUGUGAUUGUGGGUCAGGAGAAAAGGGUAGCCCACAUUCGACAGAGCCAAAUACCCCCACAAAAGAUGGUAUUGAUGGACCACUUCCACCUCCUCUUCCUCUAGCAGACCAAAUUUGCACAUUUGUGGCCUUGUUUGAUUACCAAGCCCGUACAGAAGAAGAUCUGAGCUUUCGAGCUGGAGAUAAACUUGAAGUUCUGGAUAGGUCUCAAGAGAGCUGGUGGUUUGCAAGGCUACAUGUAGAGAAUGGGUUUUUCAGGCCUGGACAGAAACGAGAAGGUUACAUCCCAGCCAAUUAUGUUGCUCCUGACCAGAGCAUUGAAGCUGAACCAUGGUUUUUUGGAGCUAUUAAACGAGCAGAUGCUGAGAAACAACUACUCUACCGUGAUAACCAGGAAGGAGCUUUUCUAAUCAGAGAAAGUGAAAGUCAGAAGAGUGAAUUCUCCCUUUCAGUGCGGGAUGGUACGACAGUGAAGCACUAUCGAAUCAAACGGCUGGAUAACGGUGGCUUUUUUGUGACCAGACGGAAAACUUUUCAAACUUUGAAUGAUUUUGUCAGACACUAUAGUACUUCCAGUGAUGGGCUGUGUGUAAAGCUUGGGAAGCCAUGUAUAAAGACAGAAGUCCCAGAACCUUAUGACCUAUCAUACCAGACUGUUGAUCAAUGGGAGAUAGACCGAAAUUCCCUGCAACUCUUGAAAAAACUAGGCUCUGGUCAGUUUGGCGAGGUCUGGGAAGGCUUAUGGAAUAAUACUACUCCAGUGGCUGUUAAAACACUAAAACCAGGUUCAAUGGAUCCAAAAGACUUCCUGAGGGAAGCACAGAUAAUGAAGAAUCUGAGGCACCCUAAGCUGAUACAGCUCUAUGCUGUUUGCACUCUAGAGGAUCCCAUUUAUAUUAUUACUGAACUGAUGAGACAUGGAAGUCUGCUCGAAUACCUCCAAACUGAUGGAGGCUCCAGGAUCCACUUGCCACAACAGGUAGACAUGGCGGCUCAAGUUGCUUCAGGAAUGGCAUACCUUGAAUCUCAGAACUACAUCCACCGUGAUUUGGCAGCCAGAAAUGUCCUUGUUGGUGAUCAUAAUGUUUACAAAGUAGCAGAUUUUGGACUUGCACGGGUUUUUAAGCUAGAAAACGAAAAUGUGUAUGAAGCCAAACAUGAAACAAAGCUACCAGUGAAAUGGACAGCCCCUGAAGCAAUCCGCUCCAAUAGAUUUAGCAUUAAAUCUGAUGUCUGGUCAUUUGGAAUACUCCUUUUUGAAAUAAUGACAUAUGGAAAGAUGCCUUAUGCAGGUUGGAUGGGCUAUCAAGUACUCCAGAGACUGGACCAAGGGUACAGAAUCCCUCAGCCAGAUAACUGUCCUCAAGAGCUGUAUAACAUCAUGUUACAAUGCUGGAAUGCUGAACCCAGAGAAAGACCAACCUUUGAAACAUUGCAUUGGAAACUAGAAGAUUAUUAUGACAUGGAUUCCAUAUCCUAUGCAGAUGCGAAUACUUUUAUACACUGAGCAACAUAUUUCUCUUGAUAAUUAAAUUUCAAUGACAGCUACCCCAAAUAAUUUCUUUAGCAAACAUGGUACUUUAUCUUUUCAUGUAAACGUGUAGAAUACAGUGUGCACACAUCAUAUGCAGGCGCACCUUACGCGGCUUCCAGCAUACACUGGAAGCCACACCGGAAGUUGUAGCGCUGCAUGCUGGAAAAGACAAUGGCCGCCACUUGAAUGGGGAUUGAGCAUCUGCAUUUUUCCCCUUAUGCGGGGGUAGUGGUAGGGUGGAACAGAUUCCCUGCGUAAGUGAAGGGACAACUGUAUAUAUAUAUAUAUACACACACACAUUCCUCAUGUGUCUAUAUGUUUCUAGCAUUUACAUUAACCACUUUAUGGACUAGAUGAAGCACAUUCUUGUCUAUAAGUUUUUUAUGUGCCUUCCAGUCAACUCCAGCUUACAGCAACCCUAUCCUAGAGUUUUCUUGGCAAGAUUUAUUCAGAGGGGGUUUGCUACUGCAUUUUUCUUGGGCUGAGAGAGAGUGUGACUUGUCCAAACUCACUCACUGUGUUUCCAUGAAUGAGUGAAGAUUUGAACUCUGAUUGCCCAAAAUUAUAGUACAAUAUUCAGCAUAUGAGUAGGGUUGUGAACAUUUCUGUUUUAGUUUUCUUGUGUAUCUCUUAAAUCCUGCCUGCAUUUCUACUCAUCUCUUUGUUUCAUAUGUGCUUUUAAUACUUGAUUUUUUUCCCCACACUGAAAUUCAUAUUUAUUUUUUGGCCUAUCUUCUCUUAUCUCUGCCUUUUAAAGAACAUAUCACCUAGUGGAUGCAUUUUUUCACACUGACCAUUUACCUCCCUCUAACUGUAUGCACGUUUAGUUGUUCAUAUUGUUCUGAGUGAACUUUAUUUUACCAAAACACCUUAGAAACCUAAAAAAAGUGCUUGAAUUUAUGAUGUGAGGUGCAUUUUAUCUUACAACAAGUCUCAGAAGCUGGUGAAAGCCUCCUUUCCUUGAGACUCUAACACAAUAAAAUUCUUUACCAUUCCCACCUGUGAAGACUGCAUUUAUUAGGUUGCCACUGGCUAAUGCUGCUACUUCUCUGUGGUUUUCACAAAACUGUGAGAUCAAUCUAAUUUCAAAACAUAUAAACAUGGAGGUUAAAGUAGGGAUGCUCCUAAAGAAUUUAUUAUUAAAAUCCUUGACAAUAUGCCACAAUCUUGAUGUUUGUUUUGUAUGAUUAACAAACAUGAUUUUAAUUUUUUUGCUGUAGAAUGAAGAUGCUAUUUCUAUUUAUUACUUAAGCAGUAUAUAGUAAAGAACACAAAUUUUGCUGCACAAUUGGCAUUCUGAAUUGUCCUUUUUAUGUAUCCAUAUGGUUAUUCAUUCCAUUCAGAUUCCACUGCUUAUCUGCUAAAUUCCAUCAAUCAGUUAUUAUGAAGGAAUUUGAUUGUGUUGUGCACAGCAGGACCUGUGCGUAAAGAUACUUUCUUUCCUCUUCUUCCUCACAUCUUUCUGUCAAUACCCUUUGAUUACAAUUUUGUCAAUGCUGCAUUAAAUGACUUUGUACACAGGGUAGAUGUAUAUUCAGAUCAGAGAAAAGUGAUGGAAGAUAUUGGAGAAAUAAAACAUUAUUUUGAAAUAAAGUGAUUCUCACAAGAAUGUUUUUCUUAUCACAGUCAGGUGACAAGUGAUAGCAGUCAAGUAUAUAAUAUCCUUUGAUUCAUGCAUUAGAAAACUUUAAAAAGCCCACCAUGCACACACCGCUGCAGUAGACUUUCCAUUUGUUUUAGCAGAGGAGUGGGUUUCUAUUUUGCAUUCCUUCCAAGCAGUGUUUCAAAAUACUGCAGAUAAAGUACAGUUCUAUGCAUUGAUUCCUUGGACAUAGAUUUCUGCUGUUAUUUGACCAUGCAAUUUCUUUAUCCCUUCAUGGACUUUCUAUUGACAACAGCAGUCCAAACAAGCUACCAGUACCUGCAACAAUGCUGAUUGGAGUUUGGCCAGUCACCUCCGGCUCUUGUUUUAUGAAGUGGUUACUUAUAGCAUACCCAUGGGAACGUUGAAAUAAUCUAGUGUAAGAUACCUAUAUUCUCUGAAGACAGCUCUUUUGUCCAGCUCUAUCAAGACUUUUUGUGCACAUUGAUUGUUAGAUUUCUAUUUAGGUAUGUGUAUGAGAGAAUCAGAAAAUUGUUUCAAUUUGUUUUAUUGGAAACCACCCUAGUGCCAGUUUUAGCUGAACAAUCUGCUAUAAACAUAGUAAAUUAAGGCUGGAAAUAUAAAAAGUACUCUGAAUUCAUUCCCUCCCUCCCUCUAAUUCACACACACACACACACACACACACAUGACUAUUACACAAUUAGUUCCUUUAUUUCUUAGGGGAGUUAUAGGCAAUCAGAACUCCCAUGAUAGGCUCCAUAACAUGGUAGACCAAAACUGCAUACUUGCAAUGAAAAGUAAUUGCAAGUUGAAGUUGGCCUAUCAGAUUAGGUUUUUAUUUCAAUUCAUUUUUGUUGCAAUGUCUAUUUUAUAUGACAGGUAACUAUUAUCUAGUAUAUUUAAAAUGAACAUUAAGCUUUUCCUGUUAGAGCGUACACCAAGACAACAAUGUGCAUAACCAAUUAGAAGAUCUGUUAAGUUCUAUGGAAUUUAGGGCUGAAACAGAUGGCCAUAUAGGUGUGGCUUGAUGCCAUCCCUUUGAGCGCCUUAUCAGGGUGACAGCAACCGCACACCAUGGCCUCAAUCUGGCUUUUUUCCAGUGCAAAAAGAAAUGGCAAAAUGCUGCUCCUUUUUGUGCUGGGAAAAGGGUGGGCUUAUUGCCGCCAUGGCAGCUUUUCUGCGCGCCUGAAGCAUGAGGUGUAUAAAUGCUGUGCUGGUGAAGUGCUGCAAUUCUGCACACCAUCCAAUCAGGCAGGUGGCCUGAUGCUGGCUUGAGGUGCUGUCGGGGUGUGUUGCAUUUAAGUGCCAUGUCUCCAUGUCGCCCCCAAACUGGUGUAUUGUGCUGGUCUGCUUCACCCCUUACUUUCAGUAAGUAUGUAUAGGAACAUGCUGUAGCUAAGUGAUUCAAAUCACUGAAUAUGAGGCUAAAUCCAACUGUGAGUUCAAAACAGAGUAGAUCCACUGAACCAAUGGAAUUUAUAUAAAUGUUGAGUUACCCUGUUCCCUUUGAUUCAGUUAGUCUAACAAUUGGAUGUAGGAGCUUGUUUAUCUCUGGGGGGGAUCACUUUGCAGCAUUUUCUCAGGAAAAUUUUCACCAUUUUUGUGUGAAUAAUUUCUAAUUAUUUAGUUUUGCUGCAAUUAACAUAUAUGGAAAGUGUUAAAUUAUGAUAUCAGUUAAGAACAACAAUAGGAAUAAGAACAAAGUAAACAGAGAAGAUGAAGAGUAAAAAUAGAUUUAAAAAAAAAACCCCAUAAUGCCAUAAUAGCUGGGAAAUACGUUUCAGGUAUACUGUUGAGAUUAUCAAAAUUGAUUUUUUUCCCAGUAUGUAAGGAUGAUGGGCAGAAGGUAUUUAUCAGCAAAUUUUCUUUUGUCUCUUCAAUCAACUGGGGUUGGGACACCUUAGGGAAAACAAAUUGCUAUGGCUAUUAUCAUUGGUGAGAUCUGUGCCCAAGAAAGUGUUGGAAUUUUUUAUAGUCCCCUUCCAAUUUUUCUGGUACCCAUUCUCUCUCUCUCUCUCUCUCUCUCUCUCUCCACGCAUACACACACACACACACACACACACAAAUUUGGAAGUAAUUGUACCUGAAGGUACUUUAAUCAUUUGAUUCCUUACCAGCUUUAUGAAGAAACGCUUUAACACAUUUCUCGGUUUUAAUUGCAUAGAUUCAGUUUUACAGUUUCAAUGUAGAAAGGAUCCCAUGGCUAGAGAUUUGGGGAAGAUGUGAAAAAGAAUAGGGAUGUAAACAAUACUACCAAUUUUUCUCACCCUUGAUGAGAAAGGGUGAGACAUAUUGAGAAACCAUGUGGAAAAAUGUGCAAAGGGCCAACCACCAUUAGAUUUUUAUCAUUACAAAACUUUUUGUGAAAAUUUUAUAUGCAAAAAUAAAAGGCGUGUGCACAGAAACAGAGUAUUUUAUGUUGAAAAAAGUAUAUUUUAUGCAGCAUUUUUGCACAAGUAAAGUGUUUGUAAAAGAGCCAAGCAAUAAAUAAAUAUUGAAAA